AUGGCGAUCGAACUCCCACAGGUCCAGCGCAUCGACCGCUCAGACGAGUCGGCCAUCAUUCAGGCCAUCAUUCGAGAUGGGUGUUGCAUUAUCAAGAACUUCACGGACGUGGACACAGUCAACAAAGUCAACGAAGAGACCCGGCCAUAUCUCGAAGCAGAUAAGCCGUGGAAGGGAGACCUGUUUCCUCCAGAAACUCGACGAUGCACAAACCUCGUGGGAAGAAGCAAGACUGUACGGGACAAAUGGAUUGUCGACCCUCUCAUCCGCAAGAUAACAAGCACCUUCAUUGACAAGACCACCUCCAAUUAUUAUGGCGAGACCAAACACACAUAUACCAGCGAAGCCAUCCUCUCCAUCGCCAUGACCUUUGACAUCGGCCCCGGUGCAAAAGCCCAGCGUCUUCACCGGGACGACAAGAACUUCCAUGUUGACCACGAAGACCAAACAAAGACCGGCUACCGAGUUGGUUCAGACGUUAUGAUGAACUUUAUGGUUCCUGGCGUCAAGACCACGUUCGAAAACGGCGCCACCCUAGCCAUUCCAAGCUCACAUGUCUGGGGAUCUGACCGAGUUCCCAAGGUCGAAGAAGCAGUUUGUGCUGAGAUGGACGUCACGGAUUGCUGGGUGAUGCUAGGAGGGCUAUACCAUGCUGGAGGAGCGAACAUUACCCAGGACGAGCACAGAAUUCUCAACGGCUUCUUCUUCUGUCGGGGCUUCUACCGCCAGGAGGAGAACCCGUAUCUUUGCAAUUCGACCGCCGAUGUGCUUUCUUGGUCGCCAGAGGUGCAAAGGAUUAUGGGCUAUGAACUGUCGAGCCCAAACAUCGGAUUUGUCCAUUUCAAGAAACCUUUGCAGCAUCUCCGAGGGGAUGAUAUGGAUGAGUUUGGUGACUUUGAUGCUUCACAAGAAGCGAAAUAG